UCUCGUGUACAGAAACUCACGGAAGAAUGUUUAAAGCAGCUGACAACCAAGAAGCAGCAACAGGUUGGCAACAUAACCCAGAUAGAAGAUGCCACCGAGAAGCUCCAGGCUCAUGCAGAGUCAAGUAAAACCUGGCUGACGGACAAGUUCACUGAACUCAGAUUACUGCUUGAUGAAGAGGAAGUGCUGGCCAAGAAAUUCAUCGACAAAAAUACCCAGUUUGCCCUCCAGGCAUAUAGGGAGCAAGUUGAGGCUUGCAGGGAGCAGACUGACAUCCUGAACGCUCUCUCCAACAGGGUCUGGAAUAUAGGCCAGGAGCAGGAUCCUGUCCAGCAGCUGCAGGCAUACAUGGCCACUGAGCAGGAGCUGCAGUGGCAGAUGAGCCUUGGGGAGCUGUGCCACCCCAUGCCCCUCUCCUUCGAGCCCGUCAAGAGCUUCUUUAAGGGCCUCAUGGUGGCAUUGCAGAGCACGUUACAGACGCCCCUGGACGUCCGCCUUAAGGAAAACAUGAACUGCCAGCUCUCAGGCGCCUCCAACACCAAGCCUGGUGCCUUGUUGAAAAUCGGCCCCUCUCCAGAACGAUUGCUCUUCCUAAAAU